AUGGCCCCAAACAAAUUCUCCCACCUUCCACUCUCGACCUCCGGCCCUCAAGACUGCGCUAUAACCGGCUCCGCUCUCCUGAACACACCCUACCUCAACAAAGGAUCCGCUUUCACCAAACAAGAACGCAAAGACUUCGAGCUCGAUGGCCUCCUCCCAUCCCGGAUCAACACACUGGACGAGCAGGUCGCUCGAGCCUACGACCAGUACCAAACGCACAAGACGCCGCUGGGGAAGAAUACGUUUAUGACGAGUAUGAAGGAGCAGAAUGAGGUGUUGUAUUAUCGGUUGAUUCAGGAGCAUUUGAGGGAGAUGUUUCCCGUGAUUUAUACGCCUACUGAAGGGGAAGCAAUAGCAGACUACUCCCGCCUCUUCCGUCACCCAGAAGGCUGCUUCCUCUCCAUUGAUGAACCAGUUAAUAUAGAGCGGGUUCUCGACCGCUGGGGCCCGUCGGAAGACGUCGACAUCAUCGCUUGCAGCGAUGGCGAGCAGAUUCUCGGAAUUGGUGAUCAAGGAGUUGGAGGGAUUCUAAUUAGUGUGGCGAAACUUGUCAUUUAUACCUUGUGUGCGGGUAUCCAUCCUAAUAGAGUCAUCCCAGUGGUUCUGGAUGUCGGUACAGAUAACCAUGAGUUGCUGAACGAUGAUCUGUAUCUUGGUCUGCGGCGGCCGAGAACAAGAGGGGAAAAGUACGACGAAUUCGUUGACAGGUUUGUGCAAGCUUGCAGGAAGCGGUAUCCGAAGGCUUAUAUCCACUUUGAGGACUUUGGGCUGCAGAACGCUCGUAAGAUUCUGGACAGGUACACUUCCGAGAUCGCUUGCUUUAACGACGAUGUCCAAGGAACCGGCGCCGUGACGCUGGCUGCAAUCUACGCAGCUGCGCAUGUGGCAGGCCUUAAGCUGAAGGAUAUGAGAAUCAUGAUGUUCGGAGCCGGGACAGCAGGGACAGGUAUUGCUGACCAAAUCCGAGACGCAAUUGCCGUGGAGUCCGAAAAGUCCCCUGGAGACGCUAUGAAGCAGAUCUGGUGUGUCGACAGACCAGGCCUGCUGUUGGAGAGCAUGAAGGACGACCUCACGCUCGCCCAGCACCCAUACGCAAAGCCCGAUGACGAGUGGAAAGAUGCGGAUCACAAAUCCCUCCUCGACAUCGUUAAGAAGGUGAAACCGCACAUCCUAAUCGGCACAAGCACUAAACCUAAAGCCUUCACUAAAGAAGUCGUCCAAGAAAUGGCGAAGCACGUCGAUCGCCCCAUCAUCUUCCCUCUUUCCAACCCGACCAAGUUGCACGAAGCCGAUCCCAAAGACCUCUUCGACUGGACAGACGGUAAAGUCCUCACCGCCACCGGGAGCCCGUUCCCACCGGUCGAGAUGAAGGAUGGUCGCAAGCGUGAGAUCGCAGAGUGCAACAACGCUACUCUCUUCCCAGGCGUCGGAUUGGGAGCAGUGCUGAGUAGAACGAGGUUCCUCACGCCCUCCCUCCUCGUCGCGGCCACAAAAGCACUCGCCGCCCCAGCACCAGCGUUGCAAGAUCCGGACGCAGCGUUGUUACCAGAUGUGACGGAUGUGCGCGAGAUCAGCGUCGAAAUCGCUGCCGCGGUGAUUAAGAAAGCCGUCCAGGAGGGCCUUGCGCAGGAGAAGGAUAUCCCGACAGAGGAUGGGGAGCUGGAGGAGUGGAUCAGGGAGCAGAUGUGGAAGCCGGAGUAUCGGCAGCUGAGAAAGGUGAGGAAAGAGGAAGGUAGUAGGGUGGCGAGGGGUGAGGCGGGCAGUAGGGGCAUGGUGAGGGGUUGA